GCCGGGCUCCUGCCUGGGCUGGGUUUGCUCUGUUUUGGGGAGGAGGAGGAAGGAGGAGGAAGGGAGGUUUCUGAGCGCUGCUGGGGCCCAGGUUGGGCGCUGUGAUCGUGCUCCUUUGGGAGGCUGGGCUGGGGGUGCCUCUGGCUGGAGCUGGGGCCAUGCAGGAGCUGGUGGCGGGCGUGGAGAGGCUCAGGUUUGACUUGGAGGCUGAUGUGGAGCAGCGGAGGGGAGCCCAGCUCCUGCCCUUCCCGGGUAUGUCCAGCACGCAGUGCCCGUUCCGGCACGCGGGCGUGGAGCGGGCGGUGGUGUGCAAGCACUGGCUGCGCGGGCUGUGCAAGAAGGGCGACGGCUGCGGCUUCCUGCACGUCUACGACGUGACCAAGAUGCCCGAGUGCUACUUCCACUCCAAGUUCGGUGAGUGCAGCAACAAGGACUGUCCCUUCCUGCACAUCGCCGCCGCCGCGGACAACGGGGCCUGUCCCUGGUACGACCGAGGCUUCUGCAGGCACGGACCCUUGUGCAAGUACAAACACAUGCGGAGGGUGAUGUGUGCCAACUACCUCGUCGGCUUCUGCCCGGAAGGACCCAAAUGCAAAUUCAUGCACCUCAAGGCCGGGCUGAUGACUCGCAGCGCAGAUCCAGCCAAGGGAGCCGAGUGUCCUCAGGAGCUGGCAUGGCUGGCACCCGCUGCUGGCAGGGAGAGCAGCCCUGAGGACAUGCCACCUGCGGAACCCCUGCUGCUGGCUGCUGGUGCUGCACAGCCCAGGGCCACCAGCAGCGUCCCCCCCAGCCUGCAGUGGCUGCUAGAACCAGGCACCUGCUUCAAGUGUGGACAGAAAGGUCACUAUGCUGGCAAGUGUAGGAAGAAUCAGCUGGAAAUCCUGCUGGGAAAAUGACUUGAGUGCUCCUGCAAGGAGACGGGAAGGAGGACACAGGGCGAUACACAGCACGAUGGAGCCAGAGAGACUCCCACUAGGACAGCUGCUGGACUAGAAAAGCCAGUUGGUUUUGCUCAGCGCUUGCUCUCACAGCUCUGUGCACGAGGAGCAAAGGAGGAAUCACAGCGUCCUUAAUGCAGCUGGAAUUGCACUCUCCUCCAUUUCCCCCGUGGUCACUGCCUGCUCCCUCCUCUGCAGCUGCGUUUGGAUGGGGGCAGCGGGGAGGGGGCACGA